CGCGCUCUCGUCGCCUCCCGCCUUGCUUGCGCGGCGCCGGCGUGGUCACACGCGUUCGUGGGUGCAGGCAGCCCUAAGAAACGAGAGGGGGGGAGCCGCUCCCGUGCGCGCCUGUGUGAAAAAUCCGCCGCUUGUGGGGGGCAGUUUUUCACGUGAUGUAGGGGGGUGUGUGCCUGCCGUUGAGUCUUCCACAAGGAAAUCUUUCAGUUAGGUUUCUUCUCCUCUUUUGUUUUCUGAUGUUUAAAGAGCUAAUUGGUGACUUCACUGCCUAGGCUCUACCGGGGGCUCCGUUUUCAAAGUGUGCGACUGUUUUAACUCCAUCAUCUAAGCAGGCACCCUCUAGACAUGUUGUUUUGGGGCUUUUCUGGUCACCGUUUAUAAAUGGCUGUUUAUUUUCUGUGGCAGAGUGGGGUCUAAUGCACAGCGAUCUAUACCUCUGACCUGAGACAUACUUUUCUUCAGUCUCCUCAUCCGAAUUCUAAAUGUUAUUCUGGGGGAGGGGUUUAAGACUCGCACAAAUAAAUAGGAAGAGUUUUUGUAGGUUUUAAAACUCCAUUUCUUCCUACGUUCAUGUGUGGACACAGAUUCAUCUUUCAUUUGAAUUCACAUUGUUCAUUAAAGGAGCAAACUGCUGCGCUUUUUUUUUUUUUUUUUUUUUUUCCCCACCCCUUAAAAUGGGUUUCUGUGGUAGUAGAUUCCUGUAAAUUAUUUACGGUUGCACAUUUCCCCCAACUGUGUUUACCCCUUCUUUUCCUUUCGGCUUUACUUACUGUCUUGUACAGUUCCUUUUCUUCCGUUGGGAUUUAGUUUAUUAGAUACCUUUAUAUGUUUGUUUAUGGCUAAUAGGGAUGUUUCUCCUUUUUUUCUCCCUAGGUGUUGGUGACUUCAGAGUCAUUUAGGGGUUUAGUUCUGAGGAAGUAGAGACCCGAGGAUUGAGCUUAUUUUACAUAGAAAGCUACAGCUCUUCACCAGUACUCUUUUUCCUCCUUCCCAUCCCUCCUCCCCCGUAGGGGAGGACAAUUUGGGAAUUAUUUUAACAGUCAUUUACUCCCCCUUUCCCCCCUCAGAAACCUACCUUGGUCCCUGAGGCAUCUGCUAGACAUUGCCCGUUAUAGGACCAGGAGAACAUUAUCCUCACCAUCAUCCCUUGCUUGUUUGGGGAGCUUCAGUAGUACCCUUCCCUCCUCUGGAGCGCAGUGCCUAGAGGCAUCCAGAAGACUUCCUUGCCACCCUUUUUGGUUAGUAGAGAAUCCAGGAAAAGGGGUACCUAGCGAGACACGUGACCUCGUUAAGGGAGCCAGAACUGAAGCAGCACUUGGCAAGCUGAAGGAAGCACCCAUCUUUGGUGUCUUUUUCGUCUUCCACUCCUUCCUUCCCAAAUUUCUGAAGUUCCAUUGAAGGGAAACCUUGAAGGUUGCGAGACAAGCCCAAGAUGUGCAGUUCAGUUGCUCCCAGGCUGUGGUUCUUAACAGACCGUCGCAUCAGAGAAGAUUACCCUCAGCAGGAGAUCCUGAGAGCGCUGAAGGCCAAGUGCUGCGAAGAGGAGCUAGAUUUCCGGGCCUUGGUGAUGGAUGAAGUGGUGCUGACCAUUGAGGAUGGAAACCUUGGUCUCCGCGUGAAUGGGGAGCUCAUUACUGCUUACCCACAAGUGGUGGUUGUGCGUGUACCAACACCUUGGGUCCAGAGUGACAGUGAUAUCACAGUCCUUCGCCACCUAGAGAAGAUGGGCUGUCGAUUGAUGAAUCGUCCCCAAGCCAUCCUCAACUGUGUCAACAAAUUCUGGACGUUUCAAGAACUUGCUGGUCAUGGUGUGCCUCUUCCAGACACAUUUUCAUAUGGUGGUCAUGAGAAUUUUGCCAAAAUGAUUGAUGAGGCGGAAGUGCUGGAGUUCCCUAUGGUGGUGAAGAACACGCGGGGUCACCGAGGUAAAGCUGUGUUCCUGGCGCGAGACAAGCACCAUUUGGCAGACCUAAGCCAUUUGAUUCGUCACGAUGCCCCUUACUUAUUUCAAAAAUACGUUAAAGAGUCCCAUGGAAAGGAUGUACGUGUCAUCGUAGUAGGAGGCCGUGUGGUGGGCACCAUGCUCCGCUGCUCAACAGAUGGGAGGAUGCAGAGUAACUGCUCACUUGGUGGCGUAGGGAUGAUGUGCUCACUGAGUGAACAAGGCAAGCAGUUGGCAGUCCAAGUGUCAAACAUCCUGGGGAUGGACGUGUGCGGCAUUGACCUACUGAUGAAGGACGACGGUUCAUUCUACGUCUGCGAGGCCAAUGCAAAUGUAGGUUUCAUUGCCUUUGACAAGGCUUGUAAUCUAGAUGUAGCUGGUAUCAUAGCGGACUAUGCCGCUUCUCUCCUUACCCCCGGUCGCUUGACGCGGCGCAUGUCCUUGCUCUCUGUGGUGUCCACGGCAAGCGAGACUAGCGAGCCAGAGCUGGGCCCUCCAGCUAGUGCCGCUGUCGACAAUAUGAGUGCUAGCUCCAGCUCUGUCGACAGCGACCCUGAGACCACGGAGAGAGAGUUGCUCACCAAGCUCCCGGGGGCUCUAUUCAACAUGAACCAGCUAUUAGCCAAUGAGAUCAAACUUCUUGUGGAGUGAUGCCACGUGUAAAUAGAUGACCAACAGAACUCUCUCUUGUAAAUUUUUUUUUUAAAACCAACUUGCAAUGCUGUUUAUCAGAGAAGCUCAGAGGAAUGAGGAAAUGGCAGGGGUGGGGAGGGGGGUGGGGGGGUCAAUCAAGAGAGCAAAAGGCACAUGUGCUGUGAUUGCUGCCCCUACUUUUUUGCAGAACAUAAAAUUGUUUUCAUUCUUCAGCAUCAGUUUUCUAAUGAAGAUGCUCAGUUCACAACCCAAAUGGGAAUUUUAUUUGGAUGCUGCUUUGUUCCCCAGAUGUAUUGCAGUUCAUGUGUGUUCACAGGCAAGCACUAAAGCAUGAUUCACACUUGAAGAUUUUCAGAAAGCUGUCUGUUCAGCUCUCUAGAAACUUCUGUGAAUUACUGCACCAGUUAAGUCUCUUCUACCUCUGUAAGGCUUGAUCCUGUAAAUUGCUGAGUGCCUCAAAUCCUCAAUGUGAGUUGAAGGUGUUAAAUACCAAGUAUAUCAAAGUUCCUGGAUACCUGCUGUUCCUACUGUUGUAGAUGGAAGCUGUAAGUUCAGGAUCCUUUUAAAGUCAUCACUUUCUGACAUUGCAGGAUAUGGCCUUUCAAAUGAUGAGGCUGAGAAUUGUCAGUUGACUUAAUGUGAGCUUUCUGUAUAAAUCUGUAAUUUGUGCCAUCUUGGUAUUAAUUGGCAGCUUUGUAUCUAUAAAUCUUUAUAAAGCUUUUGAAGGAGGAUUUUAGUACUUGUGUUUUUCUCAUUUCAAAUCCUGAUUUUGGAAGGUACGUAGGGGAAUUGGUCAUACUCUAUUGGUGGCAGAAGUGGCACGUUUUAGCUAUUUUUUGCAUGAUUGAAGGAGAUAAACAGCACUGUAGUGUUUGGUAUACAAAAUGUUUAAUCCAAUGUGAAAAAGAAUUACACUAGUUUAAAGCAAACGUGCAUCGACUUGUAUUUGUUAGUGUUUUAGUCUUUUUGAGAGAGAUCUGCAAUGUUAAUGUUCCUUUUUCUUUAAUACAUACUAGUCCAACACUCCCUUCUCUAUGCCUGCAUCUUUAACAGUGGCCAAAGUGAAAACACUGCAGACUAUUUGUUAAGAAAACACUGAGUUAAAAGCCUGUACAUUGGUGGGGUGGGUUUUUUUUGUUUUGUUUUUAUUUUUUGCCUUUUUUGAGGGGGGAAACAUGGUAAGGUGUGGAGGAGGGAAGAGUUGGUUAAAAGUGAUUAGACAUCUAGAGGUACUUUAGAAUAAAGCUGCAGUUCAUACAAUACUUACCAGGCUUACUUUUUCCCCACUGAUCAUAAAAGCUGAUGUUGGCAGAAAUCCAAAGAGUAUAAAACUGGGGAGAAAUAAUCGAUUCUUAGCUUUGGGAAACAUGCAGCAGAUUUAAAAAAGAAAAAUAAAAAAAAAAAAAGAAAAAAGGACAAAAAA